AAAGCGCAAAGUGCGUCUAAACUUGAGCAAAGAGCCAGCAGCCUGCAGGAGGAGAGACGAGGGGGCUCAAGUGGGCAAAAGAUUCACUCCCUUCAGCAGAGAAUUACAUAAAAAGCUGAGAGGAGGAUAACACCCUGACUGGACAGAAAACUGCGAGGCCACAGAGUGACACGUGCACGAGUCUUCCGAGACGUGAGUAGGACGUUUAUUCAUCCUUAGAUUUAGAGGGGUUGUUUUUUUGGGUCUGUGCGUCUUUCUCCUGUCAGCCUCCAUCAUGGCAUGGCCGUGCAUUACGCGUGCCUGCUGCAUCAACCGCUUCUGGACGGAGCUGGACAAAGGGGACAUCUCGGUGCCUCUGGUUUUCAGCAAAUACUCGGAUGUGCAGCACAUGCCCCAUCACCCGCAGCCGAAACAGAGGGCGGGCGCCAUCGCCAUAGAAACGCAGUCUCAUCCCGGCGAGCAGGAGGCUGGGAAGGCGCCGCCCGCUGCCGGUGCCGCAGCGGGCAAAGAUGGCUCUUCUUCGUCCGUCAUGCGCCAAGACUUCAAGGCGUGGAGCGUGCGCCCCGAGCCCAGCUGCAAGCCCCGGAACGAGUACCACCCGUCCGCGACCCCCUUCAACAACGUGACCCAGUACCAGAAGGAUUACAAACCGUGGCCUAUAGCGAAGAAGCACGACCACCCCUGGAUCCCCAAACCCAGCCCCACCGCUGCAGCCGCCGCCGCCACGGAGCGCAGCGUGGGGAGCGCAAAGCCGGAGCCUGCCGCCGAGGCCGAGAGCGGCGUGGAGAAGAGCGAGAUCGAGGAGAAGCUGCAGGAGAAGGAGUCAAAGGACGCGGCGAUGAGGAGCGCGAGGAGGGAGAAGUCGGCCGAGAGGAAGCCUGCGGAGAAGUCCGAGGCAGAGGUGUGUGCGGAGGUGAGCGCGGAGCAGAGGAAAGGCCGCGCAGCUGCAGACGCUCUCAACAGGCAGAUCAAGGAGGUGAUGUCCACCUCCAGCAGCUACAGGACUGAGUUCAAGGCCUACAAGGAUGUGAAACCAGUGAAGGCCAUCAAAGCUGCUUCUCAGUACAAGCCCCCCGUGGUGGAGACCAGUCGGGAGACCAGCUACAGUGCCACGUACAAGGGGGAGCAGGUGAAGGCUCAGCCCACUGACAACAAGCUGCUGGAGCGCAGGAGGAUACGCAGCUUGUACAACGAGCCCAGCAAGGAGCCGGCCAAGGCCGACAAACCAGCGUCUCGUACCAAACCAAAAAAGACACCGACAACGACAACAGCGAAGAUGGUGAAAAAGGCCAAGGAGAAGCAGAUUGCUGGAUCCCAGUCCGCCAAGAAGAAACCGUCCGUGGGCGCCGCUGAACCCAAACCGGAGGGCGUGGUCACAAAGAAGAGCAAAGAGAUCAGCAACAGACUGGCUGAAGCGAAGCAGUAAAGAGUCACAUGUCACCACCUCGAUGUGCUUCAACAGAAGGUCGCCUGACGCGUCUCGGCCAAUCUCUUCCCUUUGGUUUUUACCUUCUGACCUGUUGUUUCUGCUGUCCUGUCACUUAUUGUUCAACUUUGAAUGGGCACUGACGUCGAGCUUUUAGAAUAAUGCAAAUGAUUUCACUGUAAUGUGUGCGUGCGUGCGUGUCUGCGCGUGCGUGUGUGUUGGUGCACAGAACCGCUUUAUAUUAAUUGAGCACAUGAUUUGCACAUUGUUUAUAUGAGUUGAGUUUGGCAUCUAUAAGAAGAGCCAUCUGUACACACGUCACAUGUGUAUAAAAGGGCAUUUCUACCUUUGUCUGAAUGGAUGAUAAAUUGAGAUCCAUAUUAAAAAUGAUUGUAGAAAAUGUCGAGGGGGAGGUUUCUCUCCGAGACGGAAUCCGAUGAGAGGUUUCGUUAAAAAUGCAAAAAGCUGUUUUUACGGUUGCGUUCCCAGUGACAGUGCCUCCGCUGUAUGGUCCUGGUUUUCAUUUCAUUGUUCUGGGUGAUAUCUGGUUUCCUCAGUUUGGUUGCUAAGAAACCAAAUGACCAGUAAUAUAAUUGCUAGAGCCUGCAUGCAAGAGCCCCGUGUUUUGGUUGAGUAGCAACACUUUUAGCAGACGAUACUGUACGUCACAGUCACAUCCCAGCUUGUAAAUUGAGCCAUCGAAGAUAAAUGUGUAGGGGCAAGACCUGUUCAGAUAUAAUGCAUGAGUAGUAAUAGACUGAUCACAUCAAGGGGUGCAUACAGUAGGUCACAUCAUAGUCUCGUGGCUAUGGAAGCUAUAAAGUAAACACACCAGCAAUAUGGUUUCACCCACAAACAUAUUUCUUGCAAAUUAAAUGCAGAUCCACUCCUUUAAUCUAAUAGGAAAUACUGCAGUUUCCACAGUGACUCAGUAUUUCCUGGCUUUGUACUCCAUCUUCUCCUCUGAGCUGCGACGCUGUUACCGUGUUAACUAAGAAAAAAAAAACAAGAAGAUGCUCAUGGGCUUUAAAAGAACCUGUUGUAUUUACUUGAUAAGAUCUCUCCAGGUGUUGAAGGACAAGGAACGGGCCAGGACUUGAAGUUCAGCUCCUCAAACUGCUGCUGUCUGAAAAAUGCGCAAAAAUCCCAUCUGUUCAUUGUGAGCGUGACAAUGACGUGUUUUUACUGAAAUGUCAUCACACCCCGUCCCUCUGUUCUCUGCAAACGCAAGUCAGUCGACUGAGGCCAACAUGGCUGCAGUGUGCCAGGGCCCAGUCACACCACUACAGCCACCGUGAGCCUGCUUCCAGUUUUAGCUUCAGUGAGUGAAUACGAGUGUGCGUGUCUGCGUGUGCGUGUGCAAGCGAGACUUUUCGGUGUAUGACCUCUACAGCCUGCUGCCUGCUAGCAUCAAGUGUGACCCCCACCACAAGAAGUGCUGCUGUGCACUCCCAACACCCUGGUGCUAUAUCUCUCAUCGUAUGCUGUCCGGCUCAGACUGCGCGUGGCGUCAGGCCCGAGUGAAAUGACGAUGUGACGAUGUCAUGCUGCUGCAGACAUGUUGUGAUGU